AUUUAAAAAUGAAAAGAUCCAUUUUGAUCUUUUCCUGUUCACGAAGAAACGCGGGUAGACCAGCUAACAACUCCCCAUUUCAAAUCUCUUCAACUCACUAUCUAGAAGAUGGACGAAUACUUACAGCACAUGAAAACGUUACGAUCUCAUAUGAACGAUGUGGAGGAUCAAGCGGCGAAGAUUUCUGUUGAAGAGCAGAUGCAGAUCACUACGAUUCAGACUCUAACAAAAGAGAUCGAUUCAGAAAAUGCAGCUAAAUCUGAAAUAAAGCGACUCAAGGAGGAUUCUGAUGCAAUGAAGAAUGCAAAGGGAGACAUAUGUUCAAAGAUAUUAGAAAGACAAAGGAAAAUUGCUUUGUUGGAAAAUGAUUCUUCUACACUUUCACAGACAUUGGAGCUCAUUCAACAAGAAAAAGUAAACUUGUCAACCAAACUUGUCGAUAAACGUAUAUCGUAUGAAAAGACUGAAGAGGAGCUCGGUACCAAAUUAAAAGAACAACAGGACUGGUUGAAUAAAUACAAGUCUAACUCAAAGUCCGGACAACAUAGUUCGGUACAUGUGACUUGCUGUGAGUCUCGGGAUGAUGCGUACAUGAAUAUGGUGAAAAAGAUUGAUGCUGCUAAAGCUAAGUUUGAUAAUCUGACACAGAUGAGAUCUGAACUUGCUUCAGAGAGUCACAAGGUCAAACAAUCAUUGGAGGAACUCAAGUGUAGAAUGGACAGUUAUGAGCCGAAACUAAGGGACAUGCCUAACGAGGCACUGGAAGAGGAGGUCCGGGCUCUAAUGUCCGACAAAUCUGGAGAAACUGAGUACCAAGAAUCUAUGCAAAGCCAAAUUGACACUAUUAAGGAAAUUUCUCACAUGGUUAAAUGUGGUUGUGGAGAGGAGUACAAAGUAGAGGUGGAUCUUUGUGUGUAAUAGAAGCAUACUUUCGAACUUACUCAUUACCAUGUUAUACUUUCUUUUCCCACGAUUGUGGAUUUGUACUAUCGGAUGGCUUGAUAAACCGGUAACUAGUUACUAGUUUGGCUAGUCUAUAUUUUUCAUCAUAUGGAUGCUGGCUAAGAUACUUAACAACGGGGCAUUAAGGGAUGACGUGAUAAACCGAUAAUAGGUUAUCAAUUUGCA